CAAAAAUCUCUCUUCCAGGCGCCACAGCAGCACCCCCAGGAUGUCCAUGGAGAUAACUUUCCUGGGCACGGGCUCGGCAUACCCCUCUCCCACCAGAGGGGCGUCGGCGCUGGUGCUUCGCCGGGAAGGGGAGUGCUGGCUCUUCGACUGCGGGGAGGGGACCCAGACACAGCUCAUGAGGAGCCACCUCAGGGCAGGCAGAAUCACCAAGAUUUUCAUAACCCACCUCCACGGCGACCACUUUUUCGGGCUCCCCGGCCUGCUGUGCACGCUCAGCCUGCAGAGCAGCCCCGACCCAAACAAGCCACCCGUGGAUAUUUACGGGCCCUUAGGGCUGAGGAGCUUCCUGUGGCGGAGCCUGGAGCUGUCCCACUCCCAGCUCCUCUUUCCCUACGCCGUCCACGAGCUGGUGCCCACGCGGGACCAGUGCCCCGAGGAGGAGUUCAGGGACUUCUCGCACUUGGACGGGGGUGAGGUUCCCCCCCAGGGCCCUGGAGGGAGAGUACUGCGCCUGGACCCGGGAGAGGGCUCCUACUUGCUGGAGGAGGACGAGCAGCUGGUGCUGAGGGCGUUCCGCCUCUUUCACCGCGUCCCUUCCUUCGGCUUCGUGCUGGAGGAGAAGCCCCGGCCUGGGAGGCUCAACGUGCAGAAACUGAAAGACCUUGGGGUUCAGCCGGGCCCUCUGUACGGGAAGCUGAAGGGCGGGGCCGCAGUCGUGCUGGAAAGCGGAGCGAGGAUCUGUCCCUGGGAGGUGCUGGAAGAGCCCGUUCCCGGCAGGAAGGUGUGCAUCCUGGGGGACUGCUCGGGGGCGCCGGGGGACGAGGCCGCGCGGCUGUGCCGCGACGCCGACGUGCUGGUGCACGAGGCCACGCUGGACGACAGCCAGCAGGAGAAGGCCAGGGAGCACGGGCACAGCACCCCGGGGAUGGCGGCGGGUUUUGCCAGGCUGUGCCGGGCCAGGAGGCUGGUUUUGACCCACUUCAGCCAGAGGUACAGGCCGGCCGGCCAGGCAGGGGAGGGGGACGCGGAGGUGGCCGAGCUGAGGAGGCAGGCGGAGUCCGUGCUGGGGGGACAGGAGGUGACGCUGGCUGAGGACUUCAUGACCGUAGAGAUUCCCAUGAAGAAGGGAAGAACAGCGGCGCUGGCCAGCCCUGAGUGAAGGCACAGAGCCGGGGUGGUGUUGGACAGCGCUUAAAAAUAACUGUUGGGGGCCUGGUGAGCAAAUUCUCUUCCCCCGGAGCGCAGGGAGAUCGGUUCAGAGCGCCG